UAUCUAGUAAUAAAAUUAAAGAUCUUUUAAAGAAAAACUUAAAGUACUCCAGAAUUGAAUAACCACAAUAAAUACAAGGUAAUUUGAUAUAAGUUCUUAUUACAGAUUACCGAUAUUUCAAGAGCCAAUGUGCCUGAUAAGCACUUCGGAGGAUGGAAAACUGCAAGUUGAGCAGGGACCUUUGAAGCAGAUUAAACAGAUAGAUGUACCCUUGGUUACGGUAGCGAUAGCGGGCCUGUACCGUACUGGAAAAUCUUACCUUUUGAAUCGGUUGGCUGGUUCAAGCUCAGGAUUUCCUCUGGGAAAAACAAUUGAGUCUAAAACCAAAGGAAUUUGGGUAUGGUGCAAAGAACAUCCUAAGAAACCAAACACGGUCCUGUUGCUGUUGGAUACAGAGGGUCUAGGGGAUGUGGCGAAGGGUGACAGCGGCCACGAUAACAGGGUUUUUACCAUAGCAGCUUUGUUGAGCAAUGUGCUCGUGUAUAACAUGAUGUCAGCCUUCAACCAGGACGCUGUUGAAAAGUUAACUUUUAUAACAGAAAUGUCAAAGAAUAUCCGAUUCAGUAAUGCCAAGGAUGGUAUUAAUGACGAAGAGUUGGGACUGAUCCUACCAACGUUUGUCCUAUGUCUACGUGAUUUCAGUCUAGUUCUUGAAAAAGAUGGACUCGAAAUAACACCUGACGAAUACCUGGAAGAUAGCCUGCAACUUAAGUGUGGAAAUGAUAUUUCUGUUAUGAAGUACAACAGACCUAGGGAAUGCAUCAGAAAAUAUUUCCCUAAGCGCAAGUGCUUUGUUUUCGACAGACCUGGCGAUAGAAAAACUAUGCAAAAACUAGAGUCAGUACCUUUUGAAAAAUUAUCCGAGUCCUUUAUCGAAGAGACAGAACUCUUUCUAGAGUAUAUGUACACCUGCGGCCCAAAAGUUCUGAUUAGCAGUAAAGCGGUAAACGGGAGAAUGUUUGUAUCACUGGUUGAAAACUACGUGAAUGCGAUAAGAAAUGGUGCGGUUCCAGAUGUUGAUGACGCAAUCAUGGUUGUGGCAAAUAUCGAAAACGAGAGAAUGGCGUCAGAAGCAGUGCAAAUAUUUAAAGAAAAGAUAGAACUGAUUCAACUCCCAAUUCUACAUACUAAUAAUUUUGAGGAGCUAUACAGAGACAUGCAGAAAGCUGCUCUUGCAAACUUCAGAAUUGAGUCGAUGUUCAAUGCCGAAAAGUUUGAGAAACAAGCAGUGUCAGAGAUGGAUGAACUGUGGGAAAAAAUAAAGACGGAAAAUCUGCAAUUAGUUCGAGAACAUUGUGAAAGUCUAUUGCAAGCACUGUAUUAUGAGAAAGUAGGAGAGAAAAUGAGAAGUGGUGAAUACAAAGUGGCAGGUGGCUAUCCACUGUACAAACUGGACAUUGAAGCUUUCAAGAAAGACUACAUGGUUAAUGUAAAAGGCAUUGAUGGAUACGAGGCACAACAAGUUCUGAUAAUGUUCAUGGACAAGGAAGCCGAAAUUGAAAGUAAUAUCAUGUUGGAUGACAAGAAAAUGACCGAAGAAGAUAGGCAGAGAGAACUGGAGAGAAUACACAAAGAACAUCAGGAAGCCCAAGAAGCACAGGGAAUGUUAUUUGAGAACAAACUAUACGAAGAGAAAGAGCGCGCUGAAGAGCAUCAAAGGAAAAUGGAAGAAGAACGUAAUGAAUAUAUGAAAAGACAACAGGAAAAAAUGACAGCGAUAAAGAAUGAAUUCGAUGCUCAAAGGAAACUUAGUGAAAAGCAAAUGGAAAUGAUGCGUGCACAAAAUGAGUCAGAAAGGAAAUCAUUCCAGGAGCAAGUCAGUAGGUUGACAGAAGAACAUAAGAGGAAAGAACUAGAAAACAAAAAUUGGUUUGAUAAAAUGAUACAAAAUGAGAACGUCAGAGCACAGCAGCGAGUUGAUGAUGUUACUAACAAAUUUCAAAAUAUGCUAGAGGUAGAAAAGAAAAGGAGUUCAAAUAUGGAAUGUAAUAUAAAAGUACAAAAGCGGGAAAUAGAGGAAGAGAAAAAGAGAAGGAGAGAAAUGCAAGAAGAAUAUUUGCGACAGAUGAAAGCCUACGAAAGUAGAAUAAAUGAUUUGAAGCAGCGUGCAGAUUUAAGGGAUGCUCAGAUGAAUGCAGAACUUAGACGACUUGAACAUGAUAGAAACGAAUAUAGAAAAAAAGCAUCGCGGUCUGGUUGUCAUAUAAUGUAACUUUUAGAUAUAUCUUUUUAUACAGUGCGUAAAAGGAAAGAAAGUCUAUGAAUAUCAUAACACAUUUGAUAAUUUCCAUUUGUCGUCACAGCUUGAGCAUUAUUCCAGUUAAUGAGAACAAAAGACUGAUAUGUAUUUGAAGUACUUCUAAAGAUGAAUUGAAAUGUUGACGUGUUUAACUUAAUAGCUGUUUAAUAUCGUUGUAAUGAUAACUGUGUAAUGCAAAACACCUAAACAUUGUGCUAAAAAUAUUCAUGUACAGGAGUCCGAAUACAGACUGAAAAAGUACAAUGAAAAGCUAUAACUUUCACGUAAAUGUCUUUUUUGUAACAACCAAAUUAAAUCGUGCUUUUACGAGCUGGAUUUAUUAGACGAAUUACUCGGUAGUUUACAGACUGGGUGCGACUGUUGUGGACAAAUAUAAGAAAAAUGAUACUGAGCCUUAUUUUUUCUAAAGCAUGAAUUAGAUGGAACACAUGGAAAGAGAAGCAUUGUUUUUUAUAGAUGAUUUGUGCUUUAUUUAUUUCCGUUUGAAACACAGUACAUUUACAGAAAGAUAGUCAUAUUAACUGUCAAGAUGUUUACAUAAAUGCAAUUUUACACGACACAUGUGUUUAACAAAUUAUAGUGCGAAACGUGUUGAUUUCCAAUCCGGAUCAUUUUCCAAGCUAAAAUUCCUGAUUUGCCUUGAUUGUUUAUGUAAGUCAACACAAAGGCAAUCAAAACGAUAUAAAUACAUGUAUACGUGUGAAGGAAUAAAGACAUGAAUUUCGGAAGAUAUUGGUGCAGAAACUUGACGUAUUAUCAUUAAACCUUUAGUUAAUUAAUCUAGAUGAAUGCAUUUUGACGAUAUCACAUGGGUGUCUUUUCAUAAUGAAUUUAGUAACGAGUUCAAUAAAAUAAUGAAUUGCGAGACUCUGUCGAUCAUUUUUAGCUCAGAGCCAAAGGCUCAAGGUGAGUUUUUGUGACCGCUCGAUGUCCGUCGUCCGUCGUGCGUUUUGCGUCGCGUGUCGUGUGUCAACAAUUUCUAAAAAAUCUUCUUCUUCAAAACAACUUGGCAGAUUUACACCAAACUUCACAGGAAUGAUUUUUGGGUAGCCCUCUUUUACAAUUGCCCAAAGAAUUGAAAUCCAUGCAGAACUCUGUUUGCCAUGGCAACCGAAAGGAAAUUUUUAAAAUGUCUUCUUGUCCAAAACCACAGGUCAUAUGGCUUUUAUAUUUGGUAUGUAGCAUCAUCUAGUGGGACUCUACCAAAGUUGUUCAAAUUAUUCCCCUAGUGUCAAUUAUGGUCCCGCCCUGGGGUUCACAUAGACUUAUAUAGGAAAAAAACUUUAAAUAUCUUCUUUUCUGAAGACCUAGGCCUUUGAUAUUUGGUAUGUAGCAUUGCCUUGUGAUCAUCUACUAAAAUUGUUCAAAUUAUGCCCUGGGGUGAAAAGAGGUUCCGCUCCGCGGGUCCCAAGUUUUACAUAGACUUAUAUGGGAAAAAAACUUUAAAAAUCUUCUUGCCUGAAACCGCAAGACCUAGGACUUUGAUAUUUGGUAUGUAGCAUUGCCUUGUGGUCCUCUACCAAGAUUGUUCAAAUUAUUACCCUGGGGUGGAAAGUGCCCCGGCCCGGGGGUCCCAAGUUUAACAUAGACUUAUAUUGGAAGAAACUUUAAAAAUCUUCUUGUCUGAAACUGCAAGGCUUAUACUUUUUAUAUUUGGUAUGUUGCAUUGCCUAGUAGUCCUCUACCAAAUUUGUUCAGAUUAUACCUCUAGGGUUAAAAGAGGUCCUGCCCUUGGGGUCCCAAGUUGAGCGACCUGUGAAGUUUCCACUUAUUUAUU